GCAAAAAUAUCGUUUUCUUUUUUUCCAAAGAGAGAAAAAAAUAACAAGGAAGAAACCUCAAACAAGUUCGUUCACCUAUUUAAUUUUUUGGUUUGCAAAAUAAAUACAAACCCACCAUCUUUAAAUGCCCUUACUUCCUCUCUUUCAUUUCCCUUCUCUCUAAUAACUAAAAUAUCAUUGAUUGUUUGUACAAAACCGAAAUUUACUCCACAAUUCAAAGAUUGUUGCCACCAUCAACGUUGCAUUUACAAAACACCCGUAUUCAUUCUUGAAUUCUAACUUUACAGAUUGAUAAAGAGGUCAUAAGAAAGUCGUAGAAUUUGAAAAAGGGAAUUUUUUGUAUCAAUGGAUGGUUUUUGUUUAACGGGAGGUAUACAAGGUAUGGCGGGGCCCAUUGCCGUCGCCGGAACCGGUGCCGGAGGUUUAGAUGUACGUUCAACACAGUUUAGUACAUCCGCCGUGGGCGGCCGUUCAUCGGCGUCGAUGUCGGUUGAAAAGCCAUCAUUAUCUUCUUCUCAGAGAAAUAAUAAGUCAUGGGGUUUUUCAUUUAGGUACCCACUUAGAUCUUUUUGGUCUGGAGGUAAAGGAACGUCGUCGUACGAUGCUAUAGCUGUAGACGACGCUGUUUUGAUGGAUGAAAAGGAAGAGAAAAUUAUUGAGGAGAAAAAUGAUGGGAAUAAUAAUAAGAAUAAUGGGAAUUGGGUAUUAAAGAUUUUGCAUGUAAGGUCUCUGAGUAAGGUAGAGGAUGGUGGGGGUGUUGAAGAUCUAAGGGAAAAGAUGGAGAGGCAAAAUGGUCAAACUGACAUUGAAGAUGGUGAUGAAAGUGAAGGGAGAAAAUGUGAUGGUGGGGUUGAUGAAGAAUGUGAUGUGUGUUGUGUGAAUGAUGAUGAUGAUGAAAAAUUUAAAUUCGAUAGAAAUUCAUUUUCAAAGUUGCUAAGGAGGGUGUCAUUGGCUGAAGCUAGAUUGUAUGCUCAGAUGUCUUAUUUGGGUAGUUUGGCUUAUGGAAUACCCCAAAUUAAGCCAGAAAAUUUAUUGAGGAAUCAUGGAUUGCGUCUUGUUACGUCUUCAUUUGAGAAAAGAGAACAGGCAUUGAAAGCUGAGAAAGAGAAGGCAGCAGCUGAAGACCGGGAGAAGAAAGAGAAUGAAGUCACUAAAUCCAUGGUAGAAGAACGAAGCACUGCAAUUUCAGAAGUGGAAGGGGAUGGAAAGACCAGCGGGAACAGGAUAAGUGCAUCCACAGCUUAUCAUAUAGCUGCCUCUGCUGCGUCUUAUCUGCAUUCUCAUACAAAGAGCAUUCUUCCGUUUAAAUCUUCCAAGACUAUGCCAAAUAAAGAUUCCUCUGAAACAACUGUCGGACGUGGUGACAAUAUAGAUGCAAUGAACAGGGAAGUUGCUUCUUUUAUGGCAACCAGUGAUUCAGUGACAUCAGUAGUUGCUGCAAAGGAGGAAGUAAAGCAGGCUGUUGCAGACGAUCUAAAUUCAAAUCAUUCUUCACCUUGUGAAUGGUUUGUGUGUGAUGAUGAUCAGAGCUUGACAAGAUUCUUUGUCAUUCAGGGAUCCGAGUCACUAGCAUCAUGGAAAGCAAAUCUACUCUUUGAACCUAUUCAAUUCGAGGGUCUGGAUGUCAUGGUCCACCGAGGUAUUUAUGAAGCUGCAAAGGGCAUGUACGAGCAGAUGCUGCCAGAAGUACGUUCACACCUUAAAUCUCAUGGUAGUCGUGCCAAAUUCCGUUUUACUGGACACUCCCUUGGUGGAAGUUUAUCAUUGCUCCUCAAUCUCAUGCUGUUCAUAAGGGGAGAAGUUCCCCCAUCUUCUUUGCUUCCUGUUAUAACUUUUGGUGCACCAUCAAUAAUGUGUGGAGGAGACCGUCUCCUUCGUCGCCUUGGCUUGCCUCGGAGUCAUUUGCAAGCAAUCACAAUGCACCGAGAUAUUGUCCCUCGAGCCUUCUCUUGCAAUUAUCCCAAUCACGUUGCAGAGUUUCUUAAAGCUAUUAAUGGAAACUUCCGCAAUCAUCCGUGUCUGAAUAACCAGAAGUUAUUGUAUGCUCCAAUGGGAGAGUUCUUAAUUCUUCAACCAGAUGACAAGUUCUCUCCAAACCAUGACCUGCUACCAUCAGGCUCCGGUUUGUAUUUAAUGAGCUAUCCUGUAUCAGACUCAACAGAGGCAGAAAAACAAAUUCAAGCUGCGCAGUCUGUGUUUUUAAACUCACCUCAUCCGCUUGAGAUCCUUAGUGAUCGCUCCGCCUAUGGUUCUGGAGGAACAAUACAAAGAGAUCACGACAUGAACUCAUACUUAAAAUCAGUUAGAAACGUAAUUCGUCAUGAGCUGAACAACAUCAGAAAAGCUAAAAGGAAGCACAGGCGCAGAGUUUGGUGGCCGUUGGUUUCACCAAGCGGGGUUAAUGCUGGUAUUGUUGUUAGAAGGUACGUCGAAUCAGGUAGUAUGGGCCAAGGCCAGUUCAACUUUGCUGGCGUCUUACAAAGUGGGAAAGAAUCGUUGAAGCGAUUCAGUACUCUAGUUGCAUCUCAGCACAUGCACUUGCUUGUGGUGCUUUUGUUUCCUGCACGAUUGCUUAUUGUGGGGACUUUCAGCAUGUUCAAUUUUCGUUGAAUCCUCAGAUGCAUUGAACAAGUUAAUGGUAGAUGAUUCUUUAUUCUUUGACAGCUAAUGUUCCCUUGGUUUUCUGUAAGGGGGACUUGCUGGAUGAAGGAAAUCCAAAUAUCAGUAUUAGCAAAUAGAUUUACAAUUUGGAUCAAUUUGUUAUUUUGAUAGAAACCAUUGCAGAUGAUUAAUUCCAUUCAUGGAAUGCAAAGAUGUAUACUUAUAUUGUACUAUGUUUUGUGUAGCGA